UGCAUGCGGUAGAAAUCGCAGUACAGGUUUUCAAACAGGUAAGAAGGUGUGCUUUUACUUUCACACUUUUAGUUAAAGGCUACAGAGUGGCACCAUGUGAUGUGUUUUUUGAUUUGAAUACUCUUUUUGGUUUCCUUUGUUUUGUAUCCAUGCGUUGAUCCCUGCAUGUUUGACCCUGUCAGUGUGGUGAAUAGCAGGUUAAUUAUUAAUGUGAUGUGAAGUUAUAAAUAGCUAUUUUAUUAUUUUUUUUUAUAUUCCUCUAUUUGUACACUGGCCUCAUUGUUACUACCUUUUAAAAUGCUACACGUUACUGAUCCCACUGAACCCUAGAUAAAGGUCAGGUUAUAACAGUACUCCAGCUCCUAGUCCAUGAUUAAAUUUAAACCUAAAAAUAUAGUUUUAGGUUGUUCUUGUAUUAAAUACAUUUCCUGCUCAGGUGUCCCUGCACAUAUGAAAAACCACUCCCUGGGUUUUUUCUGGAGUUCCUCUUGUGAGUACAGUUUGCAUUUGAUCUCAGAGCACAGAGGUUAAUGCCUUAUCAACUCAGCUCCAGAGAAAGUGUGAGUCUGAAGGGUUGAGUUUAAAAUGAGGAGUCGAGGAGUUCUAAAGGGACUGGGAUACCUUGGCAUUUUUGCAUUUUUGUUGUAUGGCGUGUCACAUGUAUUUUUUUCCAGACAUCAGGAGAACUCUAGUCUAAGCAGGAGAGUAGAGAGAACAGUUGACGACACUAUUUUGAAGAAAUUGGAGGGACUUGAGCUGAAGGUUAACAAAAUAGUGCAUGUUCUGGAGGAAAGACAGCAACAACAACCAGCUGGAGGAGAAAAGAAGCCACCAAAGAAGAAGGUGGUCAAGAAGCUGUUCCCAAACUCGUUUCUCUUCUCCAAGUGGGGUAAUGAUCUCUCAGAGGAGGAGCAGAAGGAGGCCGAGCAGUUCUUUGUGCAUUAUGGUUAUAAUGUGUUUCUCAGUGACAGACUGCCGUUAAACAGAAGCCUGCCGGACACUCGACCUGCCAAAUGUGCCAGUAAGAAGUACCCAGAGGACCUCCCCUCAAUCAGUGUGGUCCUGAUCUACCUGGAUGAAGCUCUGUCUAUAUUAAAGAGAGCCAUACGCAGCAUCAUCGACAGAACACCUGCUCACCUGCUCAAGGAGAUCAUACUUGUGGAUGACUGCAGCACUAAUGAGGACCUCAAGGAGAAGCUGGAUGAAUAUAUUGACUUAAUCCAUAAAGAAAGGCCUGGUGUUGUUAAGAAAGUGAUACACAAAGAGCGUCUGGGUCUUUCACAUGCACGCAUGUCAGGAUGGGAGGCUGCUGUUGGUGAUGUUGUGGCCAUUCUGGAUGCCCACAUUGAGGUGCAUACAAAAUGGGCAGAACCACUACUGGCAAGAAUCAAAGAUGACAGGACGGUGGUGCUGUCUCCAGUGUUUGAUAGAGUGGACUACGACACCCUAGAGGUGAUUAAAUAUGGAACAUCUGCCCAUGCUUUUGACUGGCAGCUUUGGUGUAUGUACGAGUCCUUCAGGCCAGAGUGGUAUGAACUGAAGGACGAUAGCGCUCCUGGGAAGAGUCCAUCCGUCAUGGGAAUCCUCGUGGCUGAUCGGAAAUUCCUGGGAGAAAUUGGAGUACUGGAUGAAGGAAUGCUAGUUUAUGGUGGAGAGAACGUUGAACUGGGAAUACGAGUUUGGACCUGUGGAGGAAGCAUUGAAAUUAUCCCAUGCUCCAAGAUCGCCCACAUAGAGAGAGCGCAUAAGCCGUAUGCACGAGAUCUGAGCAUACCACUGAAAAGAAAUGCGUUAAGGGUGGCUGAAGUCUGGAUGGAUGAAUAUAAAAGAAAUGUUCUUAUUAGCUGGAAUCUCCCCUUGAAGGAUCAUGGAAUUGAUAUUGGGGACGUAACGGAGAGAAAGAAGCUGAGAGAGAGACUCAAUUGCAAGCCUUUCAAAUGGUACAUGGACAAUGUGUAUCCUCAGCUUGACACCUGGGAGGAUCUCGUUGGUUACGGUGCUUUGCGGAAUGACUUAUCAGAGAAAAACUGCAUUGAUCAGGGACCUGUUCCUGGGAGUGUUCCUAUUCUGUAUCAAUGCCAUUUCUAUGGCCCACAGAGCUGUUACUACAGGCGUAGAGGGGAGAUUUACAUUGGAGGCAUCAAAUCCCACAAGUACAAUAAUAAUCGUUGUCUGGUGGAUCCUGGGGAAGGACACACACCGGGACUGCAUGACUGCAAAAUAGCCAAGGAGAAAGGGUUACACAUGCACUGGGACUUUAAACAGGGUCAGGCAAUCAAAAACAGAGACACAAAAAGGUGUCUUGAGAUCGCCCAAGGAGCUGAUUCAUAUUACCAUCUUAUAAUUCAGGACUGCACUGGACAACACUGGACAAUACAACAUUUGAUACAAAAUGCUUAGCAAUCUUAAAAGAGCCCAAAAAAAAAAUCUAAUUUUCAAAUGUCUCCUAUUCGUCUAACUUAUCAGUGAUAUUUUUGAUGGUUUAAUAGCACAAUAUAAUCGCAAAAUAUAUUCCCAUUAUUGCUGUUAUUUUUGCACAGAAUGGGAUUUACUGUUGUGUACAUGUGAACAGUUUUACAGAACUGUGUUGAGUUACUGAACAUUGGUAUUUUUGAAGGGUUUACUUAUGUUUUAUUGAAAUUGAAUUCCCUAGAGGAAAAAAUGUAUUUAGUGUUGGGCGUGGAAAGAAUAAAGUGUUAUUUGAAUGUUUACCUCUUCUCAUUCAAAGUGUUUUCUUUCUUUUUAUGAAUGAAAAUGUUUUCCAUUUUAAAUUUAAUAUUGAAAUUGAAUAAGAAGGUGUGUCCAAACUUUUGAACUUUUUGGUGCUGUAUAUUCACCCUGAAUUUCUUUCUAAACUUUUUGAAAAUGAUAUUUGAGCUAGCUGGGCAUUUUCACUUGAUGGCAGGUAACGAUAGUCUGCUGUAAGUUGUAAUAGUGCACUAAAUGUAUAGUUUACUAAACAUUUCUUUUCCAAAUUAAUAAUUUAUUAGAAAUCUAAUUACAUAUGUUAUGUUAAUCAAGUAUCAAAUUGUACAAAUGAAAUGAACAUAUAAGAAAAAAAGGAAAAAUAAAGGUUUAAAAAAAACA